CGAUUGGUUGUUGGGCUGACCCAGCGCCGCCGAAGCGUCUCCUCUCACUCCCUCGAGCGUAGGUCUGCCGACGCGUCGCGCUCCAGCACUCGCGCGACCGGCAGCUGAUGGCGGCGGCCGUGGCCGCGCGGGCGUACGAGGCGUCGGCGCGGUCCGCGCUGGCGGCGCUGGAGCGCAACCUCCUCCCGGACGCGGUCACCCGGCGCCUGACGCGGCUCCUGCUCGCGCAGCGCCUCCGCCAAGGCUACCUCCCCUCCACGCCGCUCCAGCUCCACCAGCUCCUCCUCUUCGCCCACUCCCUGGAAGAGAUGCCAAUCGCGAUUGAAACGGACAAAGCGAAAGCCCAACACUAUGAGUUGCCGACCACGUUUUUCAAGUUAGUGCUUGGAAGAAAUCUCAAAUACAGUUCGUGCUACUUCCCUGACGAUUCAAGCACCCUAGAAGAUGCUGAGGUUGCAAUGAUGGAGCUGUAUUGUGAGAGGACAAAACUACAAGAUGGCCAAAGCAUCCUUGACGUUGGAUGUGGAUGGGGAUCCCUUUCUCUGCACAUAGCAAAGAAAUACAGGAACUGCAGUAUUACAGGGAUAUGCAACUCAACUACACAAAAGGCUUUUAUCGAAGAGCAGUGUAGGGAAAAUGAGUUGUCAAAUGUUGAGAUAAUUGUGGCAGACAUCAGCAAGUUUGAGAUGGAGCGUUCUUUUGACAGGAUCAUAUCCAUAGAGAUGUUUGAGCACAUGAAAAACUACAAGGCGCUUCUUAAGAAGAUAUCCAGGUGGAUGAAAGAGGACAGCUUAUUAUUUGUUCACUACUUCUGCCACAAGACAUUUGCAUAUCACUUUGAGGACAACAAUGAUGAUGAUUGGAUCACAAGGUAUUUCUUCACUGGAGGAACAAUGCCAUCAGCAAACCUUCUUCUCUACUUUCAGGAAGAUGUAUCUGUGGCCAAUCAUUGGCUUGUCAGUGGCACACAUUACGCAAGAACUAGUGAGGAGUGGCUGAAACGUAUGGACCAGAACAUUUCUUCCAUAAGGCCAAUCUUUGAGAAAACUUACGGAAAAGAAUCGACUACCAAAUGGAUAGCUUAUUGGCGGACAUUCUUCAUCUCAGUCGCUGAACUUUUUGGAUACAACAAUGGCGACGAAUGGAUGGUUGCACAUUACUUGUUCCAAAAGAAGUAGAAGCUACUACUCAUCAUUCCAUUUUCAUGUCAGUUGAGGAGCACCUAUUUGGAAGGUGAUGCCCCCCUAAUGAUUUGGUAAUCUUGUUACGUACCUCGAUGAACAGCUCAUUUUCUUGCAUUCAGUUGUAUCUAGUAAGACACAUCGUAGUUGUUUUACCAAUAAAAUCAGGAAUCAUGGUGCUGAAACUUCAUAUUGGACAUCGUCAGUGCUUGUUCUAUAUUUUAACCCUUCGGAUGUUUUGUAAAGAGUUGUUACAUUAUCCCAUCACAAUAAUGCAUACAUUUCUAUCUUGAGAAUGGCA